UUACGCUCUUUUGGUUUAACAGCGUCCGUCAGCUUCACGCAGGUCUGUGGUGUACUGCGGGAUGAUUGUCUAUUUCUAAAAAAACACAUACAAAAGAAUCGCAUUUUACGACAGCAUUUGACUUUAACGUGUCUAAACGGUCGGCGGAUCUGAUCUCGUUGAAGAUGAAUGGAGCGGCGUUCCCCUCUCCCACAGCCGAGAUGGCGGAGAUGAACCGGAUCCACUAUGAGCUGGAGUACACAGAGGGCAUCAGUCAGAGAAUGCGUAUUCCUGAGCAGCUCAAAGUGGCUCCGUAUGAGUCUGAAGAGCAGGAACUUCCAGAGCAUGAGACGCUCCACACGACGAUGAUGCAUGUUCCUGAGAGAAUCGUGGUGGCAGGAGACAGUGAUGACAUGCAGUUUCCCAGAGAUCUAGACCUCAUCCAGUCCACCCAACUGGAGUCAACACUGUCCCUCAAGACACCACCUCGGGUCCUGACACUCAACGAAAGGCCCAUCGACUUCCUCGAAAUGGAGCAGCUGAGCUCCGCCAGUCAGCCCAGCAAAGAAGUGCGCACGCAAUCCAGGACACGCAGAGAGCGCUCGGUCAGCGACAACACAGGUGUGCAACACAAUGGCCAGCUCGCCAGAAAUGACUCCAUUGGUAUGACUUCCUCCCCCUCUGCUGCAUUGCGCACUAUGGCUCCUCUCGGUGGUGCAGAGGAUGGGUAUAACCUCUUCAGUGCCCGCGGCGUCCUUUCCUUCAUCCAGUCAACCACACGCCGGGCCUACCAGCAGGUCCUGGAGGUCCUGGACGAGAACCAGCGCAGCAAGCCAUCUCUUAGAGGGGGUUCAACCCUCUCUAACCCCCAGCAUGACAACAGGCAUGCCCUGGCCACACUGGACUCGACUCUGGAGGGAGGAGCAGACGACAUGGCUGUUGUGGACGCCACAUCUCUACGCAGACAGAUUGUCAAGCUGAACCGGCGUUUGCAGCUCUUGGAGGAGGAGAACAAAGAGAGAGUCAAGCGAGAAAUGAUCAUGUAUUCCAUCACUGUAGCUUUCUGGCUCAUCAACAGCUGGGUUUGGUUCCGUCGCUGAAGCUACAUGGACUCUGCAAUGUGGGAGGGGCAAAACCAAAACUCCGCCCCUCUGUUAUACGUGUCAAACCUUAGCCUUAUUUUUUAAUGGCUAAAAUGUUUUAUUUUCUUCACUGCAAGAGCGGUGAAGUCAGAGAUAGCUUUUGUGUUGUGUGUUUUGGGUUUGUCUGGUUUCAUUUUAUUAUUAUAAAUAUGUGUUUAUACUGUACAAUUAUUCUUUUUCUUGGUUUUGUACAUUUUUAAUUACUUUUUUGUUUGUUUUUGUUUUUUUGCGCUAAGUCAAGCAUGACCAGAUGUAUAUAUUACUUCACCUGUCUUUGAGCUUUGGGUGUAAUCAUGUAUUGAUAAUAAUAAUAAUAAGAAUAUUUACGGACUGUUGUGAUUUUAGGUAUAUUAUGUACAUCUGUAUGUUAAUUGCAUCAACAUAGAAACCAUACUUGUUAAGUCCUGGUCAUUAUUUAUGUACAUAAUUGUAAUAUGCUGAUGUUGUUUUUUCUGCAGGAUAUUACUGAAAUGAUACACAUUCUGUUUUCCUCUCACAGAGCCAUGAACACUGUAUUACAAAUGCUUUUAUUUGAAUAAAUGACAACAGUAGUGAACUGCA